AUGACCGAAGUGGAUGCUGGGCUGAGCCUUCAGGAGGAUGAGGAUGAAGCAAAUCAAAGUCCGAGUCCCCUGUUUUCAGGCCUGCCAACUUUCUCCUUCAUUCUCUCUCCUCAGGACUCACAAAAAUCCUCAAUCCCCAGCCAUGGGCAAAAGAUGCCAUCAGGCAAAAAGGUGAAGAAGGCGUCAUCACCGCCCUUGUCACAGACGUGGAAACGAGACCAGGAGCAAUCUCUGGCGGCAGCCUUUGUACCUGUAGUGGUGGAUCCUCGGGGGCAGAACCCGGAUAAAUGCAGGUUCAAUUUCUACACCUCCCAGUAUUCCAACUCUCUGAACCCCUUCUACACCUUGCAGAAGCCCACCUGUGGCUACCUGUACCGCAGGGAGACUGACCACACCCGCAAACGUUUUGACGUUCCUCCAGCAAAUCUGAUCUUGUGGCGCAAAUAG